AUGGAGCUGCUGAAUUUCAGAUGCGGUGGAUCUGUGAAACGUUUGCAUUUAAAUUUUUUAAUAUUGUUCCAGCUACUGUUUCUACUGGCACCGACGAUCCUCGUGCAGGGAGACGGAAGGAGCAACGAUCCCAACGACGAACCCUUCCUGCCGAUAUAUCCGGUUUAUCCGUACAGCCCGAAAUUAAUCAAGAGAGGAACCGACAGGGAAACCUCCACACAGUUAUCCCCGGAACUGUACGCGCCCAAAGUCGACGCUAAGGAUUCCUACAGCGCCAGCUAUACCGCUAAUUAUCCACGAGAUCCAUAUUACCCUAAUUACAACCCUUAUCCAAAGGUUUCCUCCUCAUCCGGUUAUUCGUACUACAGCACCAUUCCCUAUUCCUAUCAAACGACCCCGUACAAUCCCUACACUUCGUAUUCCUCCCCGUAUUCCGCUUCUCCGCCCACGUACGCGUCGAUCCCAUAUUCCUCCUCCUAUCCAAACCUCUACUACCAACAUCCUUAUUAUUAUCCUGGCCAUUACAGUCAGUCAUUGUUUCCGCCGCCUCCGCCACCGCCGUUGCCGCUACCCGGUAGGGAUUACUCCGGUGAUCCUUAUUCCGAGCAAGGGAGCAACGAGAAAAACAGGGAUAAGAAUGGAGAUAAGAGAUACAGAGAUAGCGACGUUAAUCAAGAGCCGGUCAGCAAUCAGUUCGUUGACGGAGGUAAUUACAUUUCUGGAAAUCCGAAGGAUCUCGACAGCCAGCCGAGCACAUACAAAGCCAGCAGUCCGCAGAAUCAGUUGAAUCAAGAUCCUCAGAUAAAGAAUCUUCCCAUACCGUUACCUAAAACUACUUAUCGAGUGAUCAGCGUCGCUGGACAACCCGUGGGUCCUGAUUACCCGUUACCAGCUACCUACGUGAAAGCCCAGCAACUGGAAGAGCUGGUCAGUCAUACCUGGGCGAAAUUAUUGGCGCAAAAUUUGCAGCAGCAAAAUGCUCAGAAUGAGCAAGAUGCUACUAAGGCUGUUGGGAAUCAAAACGAUCAGAGUAAAAAUUCGCAGCGUCUAUUGGCUUACCUCGUGAAUCCUAGUAUUCUUGGGAAACUGAACGUUGGACAAACUGUUGGUCAACUGGUGCAAGCACCGACUACUCGAUUGAAAAAUAUUAAAUAUCCUCCUUUGACCCCAGGGGUGUACACCGCUGUAGAGAAACCGGAGAAGGAUCAGACCGAGUCUGAAUACGAGAAUUACGAGAAUUCGUCGUCUCAGGGUGCGCAGGAUUACGAUGCUUCUUCCAGUCAGAUCGACAAACAACCGCAGAGUUACGAGAACGAUUCGACUCGGUCCGUGUCUUAUCAGAAUCAGAACUUCGUCACGGUGGAAACGCCCAGGAGAUAUAACUAUCAGUACUCCAACUAUAAUCCAUCGCAGACGAUAACUCAGCAGCAGUCUCAGCAGUACAAGAAUAAUUUGGACGAUUCGAACUUUGGAGCUAAAACCAAGAAUGGUUAGAUCCUUAUCGGCUAAUACGUUGACUG